UAGUUUGAAUAUUGGAUUAAUUCAUUGUUGGUAGGACAGGUAGGUGCAUUAUAGAUGGCUGUGGUAGUUGCCGAAAAGCAAAUACGUGACGUCAUGGUUUAUCUCAUUGAUGGCGUGCUACAAACACUCCUCAACUGCAUGUGUACCUUUCAUUUGGUACCUAUGAGGUUCCUUAUAAACUCUUACCCAAGAUCAUAUCCAAGAUCAUACUCUCGUACUCCGAUUAAAUACACUCCAUCGUACUACCAUGAGUUCUACACUCAUCAUAGGUGCCACCAGGGGUUUAGGAGCCGCUUUGGUGAAAGAAUAUGCUUCAGAUCCAUCAACGCCCGUUUUUGCGACCACGAGAUCCGGCGAUACGCCAAGUGGAUUUCCAAAUCAUGUUAAAUGGCUCUCCGGCAUUGACCUGACGAAACCCAUUGUCGGGGAGAAUCUCACUAGUCAGCUUAAAGGACAGAAACCACUAGAUGUCGUUAUUAUCAGUGCUGGUCGAUUCACGACUGAGGACUUUUCGGCUGAGAAAGGUCCGAAUUGGAAUGAAGAAGUGACCAUGUAUACGACAAGCUCUAUUGCGCCGGUGUUUAUCGUGCAUAGCCUUGCUCAUGCCGGUCUCUUGAAAUCUGGCUCCAAGAUAAUCCUAGUUUCUAGCGAGGCUGGAAGCAUCACUCUCCGACAUGAGAAAGAAGGCGGCGGGAACUACGCGCACCACGCAAGCAAAGCUGCACUGAACAUGGCCGGCAAGCUUCUUGCCAUCGACCUGAAGGAAAAGGGCAUUGUCGUCAGCAUCAUCCAUCCAGGUUUCAUGCGUACCGAGAUGACCAAAGGUGUCGGCUUCGACAAACAUUGGGACGCAGGUGGCGCCGUAACCCCAGAAGAAGCGGCGAAGAGCCUCGUGGAGUGGACGAACAAGCUAGAUAUUAGCAAGUCCGGGGAAUAUUGGGCACCUCGUGGUCCACGAGAUAUCGGUAUGGCCGAAACUGUGCUUGGGAAGAAUCUCGAGACGCCAUUGAAGCUGCCUUGGUAAUUUGGAUUUCCGGAUGACGGAGAAGUUUUAUAGACAAUACUCGUUGAUGUCAGUCUGCGUCCGGACUCUAUUGAUUGGUCUUCAAAUAGGAGUUCCGUGAAGUUGAAGGAAAACCUAAAAAUGACAUAGCGAACGAGAUAAUUAGUCUCCGUUUAUCGCUCAUUUCCUACCUAGGUAGGUAGAAUGAGAAUUUCUUCUUCUUUCUGUUC